AUGGAACCAGGAAAAGCUUUGAAGAAUUUGAAGGAGGACCAGAGCCAGAAACGAGAGCCUUCAACAUCUACAGGCUCUAAAACAUCCAGACCGAGGCGUGGAAGGCCUGCCGGUGCAAACCGGACCCCUCUGUCCUUGGAAGAAAGGCGCGCUAGGAACGCUCAGUAUGAGCGUGAAAGGCGAGAGGACUUGGGCAAAGCUCACUCGGAGCUAGCAGAGGCCGCGGGCUGUGAUCCUAAUAUAUCGACGGCCGACUUGAUGACACUCGUCAUCACAAAAAUACAGGAGACGAUUCCAGCAGAACACUAUAGGCUGGCUAAUUUAGAUCUGGAGGCACAAAUUGCCAAAUGUAUCGAGCAGUUGCCCCCAGAUUAUAUUGUAAGCGAUGAUGACGAGGAGAUGCAGUCGGAAGAGCCCAAUACUCGAAAACGAAAACCAUCACAUGAUACGUUUAGUGCUGAGAAACGUAUGCGAGUCGGUGAGAAGCAAAUGUCAGCAGUGAGUUAUAUAAUAUCGCCUGCUGACCUUGCCGAAGCCGGACCCUCCUACAUACACACUAUGACUGAACGAAAUUACGACUUGGAAGACCUAGAUGCUUUCUCCGAACAGCUGUCAUCAAGUAACACCCAGUUACCACCGGUAGUGCCAUCAGUGGCAUUACCAUCAACAUCACUACCUCCACUAUCGGCGUCGCGACAGCUAGAGCUUUUGUUUGCACGGCCAGAGCCGACAACCAACCCACCGAUGUCUCCACUGGCGACGCCGCGGCGACGAAAUUACGAGUGGCAAGACGUAGACGCUUUCUUGGCCGAACAGCUGUCCUCGUUUAACGCCGAGGCACCACCGGUAGUGCCAUCAGUGGCAUUACCACCUAACCCACCGAUGACACCACUGGCGACGCCACGGCCACGUAAUUACGAAUGGGAAGACGUCGACGCUUUCUAUGCACGGCCAGAGGCGACACCUUACCCACCGAUGACACCACUGGAGACGCCACUGCUACGAAAUUACGACUGGGAAGACUUAGAUAAUUUCUAUGCACGGCCAGAGGCGACACCUUACCCACCGAUGACACCACUGGCGAUGCCACUGCUACGAAAUUACGACUGGGAAGACUUAGAUAAUUUCUAUGCACGGCCAGAGGCGACACCUAACCCACCGAUGACACCACUGGCGACGCCACUGCUACGAAAUUACGACUGGGAAGACGUAGACGCUUUCUUGGCCGAACAGCUGUCCUCAUUUAACGCCGAGUCACCAUCGGUAGUGCCAUCAGUGGCAUUACCACCUAACCCACCGAUGACACUACUGGAGACGCCACGGCCACAAUACGAUACGACACUAUAG